AUGUCUGAUCUCUGCGAGCUGAGAUCGCAGGUGAUGCGGCGACAGACUGCAGCCGCCGAGGAGACGCUGGCUCUGCUUGAGGAGACGCUGGCCGAGUACGAGCUGAAAAACUCUCGCCUGAAACUGAAGGUGGAGAGGCAGCAGAGGCUCCUGGACGCCAUCUUGCUGCCGGAGUCCAAGACCAAGAACACAGGAAAGAGUACAUUCCCCUGCUCACUCUGUGGUAAAGGGUUUACACAGAAAGGAUCCCUCAAGCGACACAUGAGAAUCCACACUGGAGAGAAACCAUUCGUCUGCUCACUCUGUGGUAAAGGGUUUAUACAGAAAGGAUCCCUCAAGCGACACAUGAGAAUCCACACUGGAGAGAAACCAUUCGUCUGCUCCGUCUGUGGUACAGGGUUUGCCAGGAAAGGAACCCUCAAGCGACACAUGGGAACCCACACUGGAGAGAAACCGUUCCCCUGCUCACUCUGUGGUAAAGUGUUUACCAGGAAAGAAACCUUCAAGGUACACAUGAGAAUCCACACUGGAGAGAAACCAUUUGUCUGCUCCAUCUGUGGUAAAGGGUUUACCACGAGUGGACACCUCAAUGAACACAUGAGAAUCCACACUGGAGAGAAACCAUUCGUCUGCUCACUCUGUGGUAAAGCGUUUACCAAGACAGGAACCCUCAACCAACACAUGAGAACCCACACUGGAGAGAAACCAUUCGUCUGCUCCGUCUGUGGUAAAGCGUUUACACAGAAAGGACACCUCAACCAACACAUGAGAACCCACGUUGGGGAGAACCUGUAG